CGUAAAUUUGUUAUUGAGGUUUUUCCAAGAACAAUAACAGUAAAACCUUCAAUUAGCUUUGAAAUAUCGGAAGUUUUGUUGUAUAUAAAUUAAUCAGAUUUCUAGAAUAUUGAAGAAGGAGGGAAUAUAGUAAUUAUGGAUGAUGUAUGGAAACGACAGUAGCUUUUUGGGAGUUUCAAGUAGUAGUAGGAGUGAUUUUCGUCCCUACUCUGCCUCUUCAACACGUAGUAGUUCUUCCAUGUCGAGGACCAGCUCUGCCAGUCCACAAAACAAAUCUCCAAUUGUAUUUAAACAAUUUGAUAGAGGAGUGCAGUCAAAAAUUGAGGCAAUUGCUAAUUUCAAAUUAGUGAAUGGAUUAUAUAGGAUUGGAUUGGUGCAAUUAAUGAUUGAUUUAUCUUUAAUUUAUUUGAGGUCUAAUGCACUAAAUAGUAGCCUGAACCACCUCUCCGAAGCUUUGAAUUUACAUACGAAAUUAAUUGGAGAUGUUGGAUAUGAAAAACUGUAUUAUAUUGAAUCACCUUAUUUACCAUCGGAAAGCACAAUUACUCCCACAAAAGGAGCAAUUAUACACCAAUCUAAAAAGAUUUCUCCAAUUAAGCAUGAACCAUCAGUUUUAAAUAGAAAAAUCGAAAUUUUCAGAAAUAGAUGUACAAUAAUGAGUCACACAAUUUUAAUAGGAAUGUCAAUGUGUCAACUGAAGAGAGGACAAUUAGAUAUUGCACAAAAGAUUUUACUUAAAUUAUUACCAAUAGUUGAACAGGAGAAGCAGUACGAGAUUUGCUUCUCUGCUAAAUAUUUAUUAACCAUAGUUUAUCAGAAAAAAGGAGACAUUUUGCCAAUGAAGGAGUCACUCAAAGAUAUUCAGGAAACAUUUAAAUCGAAACUUGAUUCUUCUAGGAAGGAUGAUGAGAUUAAGAAAAUGAUUUUAUAUCUUUGGUUAAAACUGUAUUUGGAAAGAAAGGAUGUUGGAAAUGCUCUUGAUGUUGUUAUAGAGUUACUCAUAUUGGGUGAGAAUGUAGCAUCUGAGGAUAAGGUUUUCCAUCUUUUCAAAAUGAUGUUAUCAAUAGUAGCAAAAUAUGGUAUUCAUCAUGAAAAGGCUCUGCCUUUCCUCGAAAAAUAUCUUCCUUCUAUUUUGGAGUUUAAUUUUGAUUCUAACCUGCCAAAGAAUUACAAACGACUUUUAUUUGAUAUUUACAUUGACAGCUCUGUAAUUCUGGUUCAGGUUGAGUUACUUGAGGCAGCUUACGAAGUUCUGAAAGGAUUGGAUAUAGCUCUCCAAUCAGAGAGACUAAAGUUAAGACAUGAAUUUGACUUUAUUUCAUUCCUUGAAGAAGCUGACUAUCUAAGGAAAUUGGGAACUGUCUGCCUUUCUUUGAACAAGUAUGAAGAAGGUAUCAUGUGGUUAAAACGGGCUGCCAUCUUGUAUGCAUCCAAUCUAGGCAAAUCGCAUCAGCUCACAAAGUCGAUCAUCCAAAAAAUUGCCCAAAUCAUUUAUCAUUUAGGGGAAAACUAGAUUGAUACAAUUAUGAAUGCCACCAAUCAAAAACUAGUAUUAUCAGACAAGAAGCAAGGAUAUCUAAAAUUAUCAGGUAAAGAUAAGAGAAAGUUGAAAAGAGUUGAAAAGAUUGUCAGUUGAUGCAUCAAUGACAUUCUAUCAAACAAGUUACCUUAAUACCCAACAAGGAGUGUCUAAUAAACUAUUUUGUUUAUAUC